GGUUUUCAGAUGGGAAUGCUUGUUGAAAUGUCAUGGAACUGAUGUCGGCGUUGAAUAAGCGUUCAUAUUAGUGGUUAUUAAUAAAUUGGGCGUAAGCAGGCGAGAGGAGCGAGGCGAGGCGCAUGUCAUUCCCGGGCCGGGUGUUCGUGGCGUCGGGGGACAGAAAGAGCGGCAGGAUGUCAUUCGUGCAGGCCCAGCGCGAGUGCUUCGAGGAGGACGGCCAGGCGGCCGAGGAGGAGCGGCUCGCGCGACAGCUGAAGGAGGAGAACGACAGUCGCGUGGACGCCAUCCUUGAGGCGGAGCUCAAGCGUCGCCAGGAAAACCAAGGCCGUGGUGACUGUCCCAGGGACCGGGCGGAGGAGCCUCCCGGCAGGUUUGAGGACCAGCGGCUGAAGGCCCUGCAGAGGCUGCACAGCAUGGAGUGGAAGAGGAACCAGCAGGACCACGUCAAGAUUGCCAGAGAGCAGGCAGUGCGGUACGAGGAAGUCAAGUCCCGGCGUGCUGCUGAGGAAGUGUUCUUUGAAGGAACUCGCCAAGCAAAGACAAAGACUCGGAAAUUCCGGAAAGAUGAAGUCAUUCAUAGCUUCGAUGAGAUUACGCCGAAGUUACCUCAAAUGCAGCAAAGGAAGGCGGCUCCGGCGCUGCCCGGCAAGGUGCCCCAGCCCCGCCCGCCGCCGAGCAACGCGUGGCAGCACAAGAGGGGCUCCGAGCUGUUUGGCUCGGCCCCGGUCCCGAGCAGUGCGGAGGAGGAGGAGGAGACCGCCCUGCGCAAGGCCCUCGCCGCCAGCAUGGAGUCCUUCUACGCCGAGCAGAAGAACGCCGAGCUGGCCAUCACCAGGUCCGUAUCAAUUGGUAGAAAGUGUAGUGAAGAGAAGAGAGACACUACCUUCUGUAAAAGUGAAAUGCCGUGGUUAGCGGCUGAAAAUGAGACUGACACUUUUGCCAGAAAGAGCGAGUUUUUACCAAAUCGUGAGGAAUAUUGUGAAAUGCCUCAAAACAAUUAUCUGGUAAAUGGCUUGUCUAAAAACACCAACAUUUUGCCCACACCGGUCAGAAACAGUGGGGUGUACUGUGAACCUGUAUCAGCUGCUGGUAAACAAGUACACAGAGAGGAGUUAGAACUACGUGGAGGUUCGCCACAGAACUGCCAGCUGGUCAGCCAGUCGCCGGUGUGCGAAGAGCUGGAGAGCAGUGAGGAAAGCGAGGAGGAAUGGGAAGGGGAUAAGGACGAGGUAUUCCAAGAAAGUAACGUGCCUAGUUACUGCCCGAAAUUUCAAAAUGUCACCCGUACACCAGAGCCAACGUUUAGUGAGCCAGUAGCCUCACAAACAGUUGGACAUGAGACCUCCCAAAAAAUGUUUCACCCGUUUCCACGUGUUCCUGAGAAGAAUCGUGAUGGGCCAAUGUGUAGCAGAGUUAGGAAGGAUGUUGAUGGCCAGUUGGAAUCUCCUCCGGGAAGAGCGAACUACAAGGAUCUAAUUGCCAGCAGUGCUGCCGAACUACCUCUUACUAGAAUAAAUUCAGAACCAGAGAAGAACCUUACUCAUACUGUGUCCACCUCCAGUGCUCCAUUAUCUUGUAGCAGGACUUGCUCACUGUCUUCUGACCUUGAUGAGAAACCUAAGGAUAAUUCUUGCAAGAAGACAGAGGAGAGCCCUGUAGAUCCUUCCUGUUUUUUGAAAUUUGAGAAAAUUCCUAACGCUAAAAGUGUUGAUUCUGAAACCACAAGUAUGGCAACUGCUGUUUCUUCAUCUUCUGUAGACAGUCUCUUUGCGAGUGGUGUGCCCACGCCUCAACCUGCAGUGGAGCCUCAUCAGUCUCCGGUCUUCUCUUACCAGGAUCAGAACAUCGCUGCGAUGUCCGAGCUUGGUGACACGCUGUCGGCCUUGAAGCUACAGACGCAGGGCUACCCAGCGACCAGCAUUCCGAGGCAGCCCCAGCCCUACAACUUGGUUCCUGGGACCAUCCCGGGGUUCACCCCCGAUAUGUGCAUGGCAUUGCUAGGCAUGUACGGCCCCAUGUGGCCACAAGCGCUCGGCCUGGGCAUGUUCCCCGUGGGCCCGAUGAUGGAUCCUCGAGUGCAGGCGGCCCAGCUGGGCCUGUACUCCGGCAACCCCCUCGAAGCUGGUACCGGUGGUCCCGUUAGGACGCCGAUGAUGCAGGAAGCCGUGGCUCCUGACAUCCCACGGGCUGCUCUUCCCCAGCAGUUCCUGCAGCCCGGCAUGUUCAUGCACCCCUCCAUGUAUCCUGGGCCCCGACCCGGAGCACACAUGCAUGCAGCGCAGCAGUCUGCAAUGCCGCACCUCGCGUCUUUGCGGCCUCCCCUCGUGAACCCCAUGCCCUUCUUGGACCCCCAACUGGCCAACCUGAGCCGGCCUACCGACCAGGGCUCGAGCCAGAGCAUGCCUGCCAAGUCCGCAGUCCACCAGGACCAGCCGCCUGCGUUCCUGUGCGCCGCCUCUAGCGGUGGCAAGGGAGCGUACCCCAGCAUGGAGCCGAUGAUGCCACCCCCUGGCAUGGUGUACUCGCACCCUCAGGGCUUUCUGAACCAGCCCGUGGGAGAGCAGCUGCCGUUCCCGUUCGGGCUGCCGCAGGUGCCACCGCCUGUCAACCCCGCGCCGGUGCCCUUCCGGCCGAAGCCGGAGCCGGAUGUGGGUCGAGGCCGCGGCCGGCUCAGGCACUGAGCACCGCUUGCUUGGUGAGUUGUGCAGGAUACAUCACCAUUCUGUUCUGUGUUGUUGUAAUUGCCAUUAAGUUUGUUUAGCUCUCUUGAAAUACUUAAGUUCCCUUCGUGUUUGUUACUGUAUAUACCAUUAAGUUGUUGCAUAAAUGACCAAACAUUGUUUUGUUUUAGUGUAAAAAAAAAUUUUUCUGUCCCAUAGGUUUAGGUUCCUUUGUAUUUGUGUUUAUUUGUUGUUGGGUUGUUAUAUAGUUCACAAAAUUACUUGUUUUCUAUAAAUUAAAAUUUUAAGUCUCAUUUCAUGCAUAUUUUGAUUGUUUUCAAGAAUAAUGUAUUUUGAAUCAUCUGCAGUAAUCUGGACAUCUCUGGAAAAAAAUCUGAAUAAAAUAAAGUAGAAAAAAAAAACACCCUACUGCACAUUAACACAUGACCUGCUUUAGGGGUAUGAACACUGCCUGAUACCUGGCUGGUUAUAUUAGUAGUACAUUAGGUAUGUUUAGUUUCCGUAUCACAUUGAAAUAUGAGUGUGUGGUGGCGACCAUACUGGCGGCUGAUGAAAAGAUGAAGUAAAUAUUUUAUGAACCUGGUGUAAAUCUUACACAAAAAUUGUUUGCUGUUAUCAAUUAUUACUGUAAAUCAGACUCUGAUAAUUUCAUGUAGUUUAUAUAAAUGGAAUUUUGCAUACUUGUUUGAUAUACAGAAAAAUAAUGUUCAUAACAAAAAGCUCCAUAUAACAAACUUUUGCAAAGUACCAGCCAAAACUUGGUUUUCUUUUUUGGGUGAAAACUCCCUUAUGACAAAAAAUAAAUGUAUCUGCCCAUAUUAUUUUCUUUUUAAAAUACUCUAAAUUUGCUAUUAUUUAAUAAACUUUAUCUUCUCUUUUAGGUGAAAACUCGCUUAUAACAAGAAAUAAAUGUAUCUGUCCAUAAUAUUUUCUUUUUAAAAUAGUAAAAAUUUACUAUUAUUUAAUAAACUUUAUCUUCUCUUUUGAGUGAAAACUCCCCUAUAGCGAAAAUUUAAUUACUCAAUGUGUAUUUUCAUUAAAAAUAGCCAAUUUUCAUUAUCUAAUGAAUUAGUAAAGAAACAAACAAAAGUUUCAAAGUUAAAAAAAAAAAUUAAAAUCUAAUAUAAUACACAAAAACUUCACUAUAGAAAUAGAACAAAUACUGGAGAGUGUUGACUGACAAAGAAAAAUAGAUAAUGAAAUAAUGAAAUACAUAAUUAUGGUAGGCUACACAGUAGAAAGCCAUUGGACAGCAUCCAUGCCUUAGAGCAGGUAUGUAUCUCUAAACUACGGCCUGACCGACACCAGCCCACCAUCACCACUAAUCCAGCCGAACAUGCCCCAUUGUUUUACACUUUACAAUAUGUUGGUAUAAUGAGCUAUCUAGAUCUUGGCCCUUGCAACUUAGUGGAGGAUUCAGCGUAGCCCUUAGACUAAAAAGUGUGGCCCUUAGGUUAAAAUGUUUAGAGACCCCCUGCAUUAGAGCAUUAGGUGACUUUGCAAGUGAUUUCAGUGCAAAUGCAUGAUGGAAGAAAUAGUUGUUUCAAUAAGCAACUAACGGGUCUCAUCAACAAACAAAUGAAAAAAAGCUUAAAAAUACGAGGUAAAAAGAGAGAGGCGAUAUUCAGUUUUAUAAACUAAAAUACAUGUGCGUUAGCAUUACAUUCUUUUCUUAGACUUGAGUUAUUUUUGUUGAUUUAGUAAAUUUAUAAAAAUAUUUUAACAAAAAAAAUUUCUCUUGUAUUGUGUAGUGGGUAACUCUCCAGUAAUAAAUUUAACAAUGCCCAACUACAAAGAAAAGCUUUAUUUUCACCACCUUUUCACAGCUCCUUCCAAUUCACCGUUACAUGCCUCUCUCUCCCUCCACGGAUAAAGUUACAUAUCCUUCCGCGGUCAAUAUUUGCAAUUACUUCAACCAAACAUACACUUCAAAGUAACAUGAGCUUAACAACAAAUAGAUACAAGAUUUUAAACCACAAAUUCAUUUACUUUACCAUUAUGUAACAGCUUACAAUAACUUCUGGCAACCUAUAAAGAAAUAGUUCCGGCACAAUAUGGCGGCAGCCUACAGCGAUUUUCUCCCAAAUAAAGUGAAAUGUCACUUGGCCAAUCACAGCUGACUAGGUUACACCACGACACUUUUAUUAAACACCUUUUGGCGCCAGCUGGGCGGCCCUUACUCAUUCUUCCCAAAACCAGGCUUAACCUUAAAUUUAUAAAUCACCUCUGCCAGAAGUCACCAACGGAACAAAAGGAGUCAUAGAAAAAACAUCUAAGGAAUGCAAAGACAAAUAUUUCAACACGAACAUAACACAAGUAUAAAUAUUUUUUAUAUUCUCAAUACCCCCACGUUAAAAGAAUCAAUGUUGACGGUAGGUCAGGGCCUAACCUCCUUACAAUUGGUUUGGAAUUGGUGAAUUUUCAACAGUUGUAUCGGCAUAUAUGCAAAAUUUUGUGAAUCGGUACAGCUCUAGUAAAUAUCUUAAUGAAUGUUUUGUCGCUGGAGAACACAUUUUCGUGCUUAAGCAUGUACCUGUGAGGAUCUAGUUUCUUCAUUUCUGUUGGCAGCAGUGCAGCCAUAAAUAUUACUCUAGUAAAAACUCCUGUAUUUAUUUCAUCAUUAAGCUCAGAAAAAUUUGUGUUUUUUUUUUACGCUUUACUAAACAUGAACCUAUGCUAUAACCUUAAAAAUUAUUUAGUCUUUAAAUCUAAAGAUGCAAAUACCAUGCACUAAGUUUAUAUAAAUAAAUAUGAUGCAGCAAUGAAUUCUGCUAAUCAGUUGGAACAAAUAAAAACUGUGGCUUAAGAUAUCUAUCAUGUUGCAAGAAACUUUAAAAUUUUUAAAUAGUUUAUUAAAUCAAAUUUUGUUAUCUAUAGGAAAAAGUGCUUUUGCUGUACUAGGAACUAAUGCUAUAAUUUACUUGUUCUUUUUAUAAAACUCUCUUAGUCUUGUACUUCAGAACUCCAAUAUUUUGUCAGAUGUUAGUAUGCUCGCUUGUAACGUAAUGCAUUUCAGGAUUACUAUAUUGGUUUGUGGCCAACAGUUAUUUGUUGUGUCUAAAAUGUCCAGUGGCUUGCUGUAGUUUUGGGUCAAAGCAAACAUAAUUUUCAAGCCUAAGAUCAUCUGAUAGAUGAUUUAAUUUUAUGACUUAAAUUCAAUAAAUGUUACCAAAUCAUUUGUAGUGCAGUUACAAUCAUUGUAUCUUGCAAAAUAUUUUCAACACCCAUUUUUUGAAUUCACCAGUUGCUACUGAUGGCCGGUAAUUUUGAGAGCACACACACUGAAGAAACAAGCAGUUCACGUCUGUCUCGUAAAAUAGUGAUGGUGAAUACCAGUGCUAAUUUAAAACAAUGCAUGGGCAGUAUCAUAUUCUUUGAAUAAAUACCUGAACGUUAGUCAUUUCUGCCCUGCUUUAGAAUCUGGCGGAUGUUGAUUCUUACAUGUGGAGUGUCAGCUUGCCAAGGUGCGAAGGAAAUCAAGAACCGAUCUCUUAAGAACAGCUGCUUGAAGAUGUUCUGCUUAGGCUAUUGGAGAUAAGUGUUUUUUUAUCAUGUAAAUUAUAUCAACCUGCAAAUAAAGAGCACUUUUUUGUCCAUGUAUUUUUUUUACUGGACAAAAUUCAUCCCUCAUAGCUGUGACACUGGGUGUAAAAUUAUUUUCUUAUAAUUCGGUACUUUAUCCUCGUUUAUAGCACAGGAUGUGUCUGUUAAAUUAUGAUUUACUUCAAACACUAUGUUUGUCUCGUUUGAUUGCUGGAAUAAAUUAUCUUUUUUGUCUGUGUGCCACUAUGUCGUGAGUGUCUUGACUGGGUCAACCAGUCCCUUUUUGUGACUUAUUGUCGACUUAACUAGUAAUGUUGUCCUCAUCUGGUGAUAACUGUCAUUGUCAUUUUCAGUUCAUUUUUACUAAUUGUAUAGCCAACAAAAUUAGCAGCACAUGGAACAGUUACGAGUAUAAUUAUGACUAGAGACAUUGUAUUUUUAUCGCAGUACUCUAAACUAAAUCUUUAUCAAAAGCCUAAAAAUUUAGUUUAUGGUACGGUCUCGUCCCUACUAAUUAAAAUUUAGUAUUACUGUACAUUUAUGUAUUAAUUUUUUUAAUUGGAAUUUUUAAAGUAAAUUAUAAGGUUUUUCAAAUGGCAUAAUUUACACAUUAAAAUAAUUCCUGUUUGCAAAGGGGACAAUUGUAAUUAUAGUUAUUGCCAAUUGUAAAGUAUAUUGUAUUGUAUUAACAUAUUAAAUAUUUUUCACGUAUUACAUCUACCACUUAGUUAUUUUAAUAACAUAACUUGUAGAAGUAUGCUUUUGAGUUUAUCAUUUAUGUCUCGUUCUCUCAAGUUCUAUUUUUUCUGCAAAAUUUUGUUACUUACAGAGUUUUUUAAACUUUGGUUUGGUUAACUUAAGGUUUGGCAGUAGAGUAAAACUUGCAAACAUUUUAGAAGCAUUUUGGUUAUUUGUUAUCUGUGUUAAACUUAUAUGAAUUCCAUUAGGAAAGAUUUAGUAAGGUAAAAUUUAUUAAUAUUUGUACCGUUUCUCAAGUUGAUUUAUUUAACAUUCUAAAAGUAAAAAUGUUGUAAUUUUGAUUAGGUUUGUAUGUAAGAAUGUUUAAAACAGGAUCAAGUGCCUUGGACAUUGAAGUGAUGAGGCAUUUUGUGUGUGUGCUUAUAGAAUAUUAUUUUAACUGUUAAGAUUAAAAACUAUAUUUUCAUUAGGGUUUUCAUACCUUUGCCUAUCAUAAAGCCUUAAAUGGUUUUUUUUUUUAGGUAGAUGGUUUGGUCUAUAAUUCUAGUAUUUUUGUUAUUCCUCUGUUAAAACACUUGUAGUAUUGAUGGUAGUUAUUUGAAUUGUAUUAUCUUGAAGUUCUAAUUGAAGUGUCAAAAGCAAUUUUCUAUUUGUGAUGAAAUAGCAUUGUUUUUUAUUGUCAUGCAAUGAAUAAUGUUCCUAUAAGGAAAGUGAAAAGCAAUUUUAAAUUGUAAUGUAAGAUUAUGCUGGUUUUUACUCAUAAAAAUAAUGUUAUGCACUUGAGUAAUGGGAACAUCAUUGUGUUUGUUUUAACUAUGUAUGUACAUUUAUUCUUUGAAAAUUGUCUUGCCUUAGUUACAUUUUUAACUAUCUUUUUUGCAUAUAAAGUGAAAAAGACUUCUGCAGAGAAAGUUACAAUUUGUUUUCACAUUCCUUUCUGCAAUUACACAAGGUUUAAUCACAUGCUUAUAUAUUUUUCUAUGUGAGAGAGUAAGACUAAAAUAAAUUUUUGUUACAUGUCUCUUUUAAUAGAGUGGAAAAAAAUUGGUAACAUGUGGAAAAGUGAUGUAUGAUAAUAUUUUUGAUUAAACAUUCUUCGUGUAC